UAUAGCAUUGAGGUGAGAUUAUUAAAGCAUUUGUGAGACUAGCUUAAUCACAUGCAAGCGUAGCUGACAUUAAUGGCUACUUCUUCUCGUUCUUGUUGUUGCUGGUGGGUCUUGAUUUUUUUGGUGAUAGCUGGUUUUCAUAAUAGUGUUAGAGCAAGCCAUAUUGGUUUGGGCAUGAGACUAGUGGCUAGCAAAGGUGAGGCAUGGAUUUCAGAUAAUGGCACGUUCGCGUUUGGGUUCACUUCUUCAGGAACUUAUGUUAAUGAUGAUGAUAAGUUGUUUCUGCUUGCUAUCUGGUUUGCCAAGCUUCCCGGAGAUCCAACUUUGGUCUGGUCACCUAACAGAGAUUCUCCCGCAUCUCGAAAUGCUAUCUUGGAGCUCAACAUGGCCGGGAACCUCGUUCUCUCUGAUGGAAAUGUCACUCUCUGGGCCUCAAACACCUCUGGCACUGGCGUACAUUCAGCAUCCAUGGAGGAAUCCGGCAACUUUGUCCUCUAUAUGUCCUCCUCCGCCGUCAGCCGCCCUGUCUGGCAGAGCUUCUCACAGCCAUCCGACACUCUCCUACCAAACCAACCCAUAACUGUCUCGUCGGAACUAACAUCCUCAAAAUCUGCUUCUCAUGGUGGCUUCUACGCCCUCAAAAUGCUUCAACAAACCACUUCUUUAAGCCUUGGCCUCACUUACAUGCUCCCAGAUUCAGAAUCUUACACCAAUUAUUCCUACUGGCAAGGCCCAGAUAUCUCCAAUGUCACAGGGAAUGUCACAGCAAUUUUAGAUCAAGCGGGAAGCUUCGGGAUUGUCUAUGGAGAUUCUUCAAAUGGGGCCGUUUAUAUUUAUAAAAAUGGAAACGAUGACUUGGGGUUAUUUUAUUCCUCUCACCAAACAACCCCAUUCAGCAUUUUUAGAAGACUGACACUAGAGAAGAAUGGAAAUCUGCAUUUGUAUCGUUGGGACGAUGAUGUGAAUGGGUCAAGACAGUGGGUAUCAGAGUGGGCUGCCGUAUCAAACCCUUGUGAUAUUGCUGGAAUUUGUGGUAAUGGGAUUUGUAAAUUAGAUAGAAGUAAGACUAGUGCAUCUUGUACUUGCUUGCCUGGGACUUCUCAAGUUGGAAGGGAUGGCCUUUGCUAUGAGAAUUCUUCACUAGUUGGAAAAUGCAAUCCCCAACAUGAAAACAAGAACCAAACCCAAACAUCAGAGUUUGAGAUUUCUGUAGUGCAACAGACAAAUUAUUAUUUUUCUGAAAUGUCUGUGGUAGCUAACUACAGUGAUGUUGCUACUUUGUCAAAAUGUGGGGAUGCCUGCUUAUCAGAUUGUGAUUGUGUUGCUUCAGUUUAUGGUUUAACUGAAGAAACACCAUAUUGUUGGGUAUUAAAGAACUUGGAUUUUGGAGGGUUUGAGGACACUAGUGCAACCUUAUUUGUGAAGGUCAGGUCAAAUGGCUCAGUGAACCCAGAAGGUAAAGCUAGAGGAUCUACCAAUAAUUCUGAUGGUGAAGUUAAAGAGAAGGUUUUGGUCCUUCCAAUUGUUCUUAGUAUGACACUUCUUAUUGCCCUUUUAUGUUUACUGCUAUACUAUAAUGUUCACCGAAAAAGAACAUUAAAAAGGGAGAUGGAAAGUUCUUUGAUCUUAUCAGGUGCUCCUAUGAACUUCUCCUAUCGUGAUUUGCAAAUCAGGACUUCUAACUUCACGCAGUUGCUAGGAACAGGUGGAUUCGGAAGUGUGUACAAAGGAAGUCUUGGAGAUGGGACACUAGUGGCAGUAAAGAAACUUGAUAGGGUUUUGCCUCAUGGAGAAAAGGAAUUCAUCACUGAAGUAAACACCAUUGGCUCGAUGCACCACAUGAACUUGGUUCGAUUAUAUGGCUAUUGCUCAGAGGGAUCACAUCGGCUACUAGUGUAUGAGUUCAUGAAAAAUGGGUCUUUGGACAAAUGGAUCUUUCUUUCGUAUCAAGGAAAAGAUAGGUUGCUAGAUUGGCAAACUCGGUUUGAUAUAGCUAUUGCUACUGCACAAGGGAUUGCAUACUUUCAUGAGCAGUGCAGGAACCGAAUUAUACAUUGUGAUAUAAAGCCAGAAAAUAUUCUGUUGGAUGAGAAUUUUUGUCCUAAAGUAUCUGAUUUUGGAUUGGCAAAACUGAUGGGAAGGGAGCAUUCUCAUGUGGUAACAAUGGUGAGAGGGACUAGAGGUUAUUUAGCACCAGAAUGGGUUAGCAAUCGCCCAAUAACAGUAAAAGCUGAUGUUUAUAGUUAUGGAAUGCUUCUGCUAGAGAUUAUUGGUGGCCGAAGAAAUCUUGACAUGUCCUUUGAUGCAGAGGACUUCUUUUAUCCUGGUUGGGCUUAUAAGGCACUGACAAAUGGGACAUCAAUAAAAGUAGCAGAUAGGAGAUUGAAUGGGGCAGUUGAUGAAGAGGAGCUGACAAGAGCUCUGAGAGUUGCAUUUUGGUGCAUCCAAGAUGAGGUUUUCACGAGACCAACAAUGGGAGAAGUGGUGAGGAUGCUGGAAGGGUCCAUUAGCAUCAACACACCACCAAUGCCACAAACAAUAACAGAAUUGAUUGAAGAAGGCUUAGAGCAAGUGUAUAGAGCUAUGAAGAGAGAGUAUAAUAAUCAUUACAGCUCAUUCACCUUGACUAGCCAUCCUUCUUCUCAUGCUACUUGUAGCAAUUCCACAAUGUCACCAAGAUAGUGUUCAUUUGUAGAAUUUAGAACAAUUUUGGCUUGUGAAUGUAUGUUAUUUAGUGUUUAGAUUUGUGCACAUUAUGUGUAUCACGCAUGUCUUGUAAGAACUGUGCAGAUUUUAUUGUUUCAUCAUUAUACCUUUUUUUAUAUAGUUCAUCAUUAUACUUUUAGGUUGUAAUAUUAAUAUUGUUGGGUUAUCAUCAGGCCCAAAACCAAGCUCAAGGAAUUUAUUUGAAUAUUAUUCAUAUAUGGGUUCUUAUGUGUAA